CUAUAUAAAUAAAUUUGUUCUCUAGAGUAUAUUUACAGCAAAAUACAACCUAUGCGCACUAAUCAUAAUUAACAGGCAUAAAUUCUGAAACCCCCAUGGAACUAACUUACAUGCAACGUGAUACAUCAUUUUAUGAUCAUGUUCAAUGCAUCUCGUUGGUGAACGAAUCAAUGAUUAGACGUAUAGUUGACCUCAACUACAUGCAAAACAGAAAUAUCAUUACUAAUGCUCCACUAUGCAUGCAUUUGAUGGAAUCCGUAGUUUAGAAUAAUGGUUAUUAUUUUUAAGUGUUGGUUUAAAAAUGUAUUGAAUUCAAAAUCAUGGGAUUGCAGGGCAACCACCAGACUUGUACCAGAACGGGGGUCCCCAAUCAUAUGCUCUAAUCACAUGGUUUUGUUUUUCUUUCCCUCUUUGCAUUAUUAUCUAUCUCAUAAUGUUUGUGUUGAUCUCUGAUUUCAAUUGUUUAAUCUCAAUCAUGCUGCCUCCAUUGACCAAUUUGUGAACCGUUGAUAGGGUUUGUCUCAGUCAAGAAGAUUGGACUUGGUAUGACGUGGGGUUUCUGGUCCUAUUCUAGAUACGGUUUGCAUAACGGUUUUGGAGCGUGGAUGAUAUGGAUCGUCUCAAAAUUUAGAGUUUGAAAUUUUUUCCUUUGAAGAUUAGAGAAGACUCGGGGCCUUGUCUUCCGCGCCUUUGUGGGUUUUAGGGGAUUCAAUCUAGCAUAUUUGAAUUCAUAAGUAUUCAUUAUUACAUCGAUAUAUUGGUUUUUGUCCUAGUGAGCAGUACUCUAAAAUCAUUUUUUCUCAACACUGAAUAAUGAACAUUAUGAAUGACCGUAGAUGUAGAUCAAAUGUGAUUCAGUCAAACUGUCGAACCAUGUGAAGUGUCUCAACAUAAUCUGGUUGUAGAACAACCUUCCUAAACUCGUACUCCAAAACUAGCGUGACUUGAGACCUUGUAAGUUGUAACAUUCCCAAUAUCAACAAGACCUCCCCACAUACAAAGUUGAAUCAAUAAACUAAAAGCCAAAACGGUAAUGCUCCCUCCUACUCCUAUAUUAUAAGAACAACAAUCCAUUAUUAGAUUUGUGUAUUAUUAUCUGAGCAUUACUCUCCGACAUUGCAUUUAAGUCACGAACCCACUACUAAUAAUUUGACCCCCCAAAAACAAGAUAAUAUUAUGAUAAUCCAUCCUAUGGUGGAUUCCAGAACCCUCCAAAAAAAAAAAACACUGAAACAUGGGAAGCCACUGCAUUGCAUGAAAGAAGGAUUUGUUAGGUGAGAAAAGUAAAUUGUUUGCGGCUGCUGUCCAAAUUCAACUUCCAUUACUUAGCUCUUUUUUUGUUUGUUUGUUUUAGUGUCAUCGUCAUUAAAUUCCCACGCAGCUUUUCUGACCAACUCACCAUUGGAUUCUUCUUUCCUGAUCUGAUCCCAAUUAAUUACCUUACUCCGAAUAACUUAAUCACAGCUCAAUUAUUAUUAAUCUUGAAUCCUUAAUCAAAUAUUAAUCCCCACCGCCCUUACUUAAUGUCUUAAAUAUCCUUCUGUCAUUUUAUAAACCCAGCCACAUUUCGUUUCUUUCUUCUCAUUCAUUUCCUCCAAUACUACGACAUGGAAGAAGCUCAAGAUAAUUACUACUACUACGACCACAGCAGCAACAACAAUGGUAAUAAUCCUUCUUCGCCCUGCGACACCGACCUCGAUUUCAGCUUCAACUCCACCGUCACCGAUCGCACUUUCGCUUCCUCCAGCGCCCGCUCCAGUCUCGCUCGUUCCAGCCUAACCCUCAGCUUCAACGACCGCCUCUCCACCACCUCCUCCUCCGCCGCCGCCGCCGCCGCCGCCACUUUCUCCUCCUACAACUCCUUCGACUCGCUCCACCACCGCAGAUCCGACCCUCAAUGGUCGGCGAUCAGGACCGCUACGAACCUCUCCCCCGACGGCCGCCUCCACCUCAGCCACCUCAAGCUGCUCCGCCUCCUGGGCGCGGGGAAUUUGGGGCGGGUCUUCCUCUGCAAAAUUAGGGAUUCCAGCGACGCCGCCUCCGCCCAAUUCGCGCUCAAGGUCGUUGACCGAGACACCCUCAGCAAGAAGAAGCUCUCCCAUGUGGAAACGGAGGCCAGGAUCCUCUCCUUGCUAGACCACCCUUUCUUGCCCACGCUCUACGCUCGAAUCGACGUCUCGCACUACACCUGCCUGUUAAUCGAUUACUGCUCCAACGGCGACCUCCACUCGUUGCUCCGGAAGCAGCCGGGGAACCGGCUGCCCCUCGCGGCGGCGAAGUUCUUCGCCGCGGAGGUGCUGGUGGCGCUCGAGUACCUCCACGCGCUCGGGAUCGUUUACCGAGAUCUGAAGCCGGAGAACAUUUUGUUGAGGGAGGACGGCCACGUCAUGCUUUCCGAUUUCGAUUUGUGCUUCGAGGCCGAUGUGGACCCCACCUUCCGCUGUGAUCGCGUGGGGCCCACGCGGCGGCGACGGAGUAGGAAGAGGCGAAAGGGGGUGGUGGUGGAAGAGAUGGCGGCGGAGUUCGUCGCCGAGCCGAUUGCGGCGGUCUCGAGCUCGUGCGUGGGGACGCACGAGUACCUGUCGCCGGAGCUUCUCUCCGGUAACGGCCACGGCAACGGCGUCGACUGGUGGGCGUUCGGGGUGUUGAUCUACGAGCUGCUGUACGGGACCACGCCGUUUAAAGGCGGGAGCAAGGAGAGCACGCUCCGGAACAUCGCGUCGAGCAAGCAGGUCUCGUUUCCUCCGGCGGAAGGGAUGGAAGAGGCGGAGGAUUUGAUCAGAAAACUUCUCGUGAAAGAUCCGAGGAGAAGGCUGGGGUGCAGCAAAGGCGCGACGGAUUUAAAGCGACACCGUUUCUUCGAGGGGAUCAAGUGGCCGUUGAUACGGCACUACUCACCGCCGGAGCUUCGCGGGCUGGCGGUUAAUAGAGCCAAUGGCAGUGGAUCACGUGGCGGUCACGUGAUGGCGGUUGCGCCGAAGAAUAGGCGGAGUUGGAGCCUGAAGGGUCUGGUAGAGCACAUGUUUAGGAGAAGGAAGAAGAGAUACUCCAGGUUGAAUUCUUCUUCUAAUCACCAUCAUCAGGCCAAUACUAAUUGCAAUUACUAUCAGUACAAAGUUAGGGUGGCUUGAUUACACAGUUGAUGGAUAUGUUCAAAUCGCCUCGACGAUGAAGAGGAUUAGUGUAAUUAUUGAGAACAUUAGGAUAUGUGUUUAGCGAUUUUGUCUUCCAUUUUUAAAUGGUAGUACGAGUGUAAGAAUUGGUCUUGUAGAUUGACUCUUUGAUUUCUACGGGCUUUUUGUUAGAAUAAUGUCGAGAUACUUUGUGCACUUAUACAAAAGAGAGAGAUCAUACAAAAUGUAAUACAUAUAUGUUCUUUUUGUCAUUGUCAAAGGUUUGUAUGGUUGAUAUUUGGGCUAAUACCACUACAACACCCGAAUUAUGACCAAAAUGCCACUUGUAUCCUAUUCUUUUCAAUGUUCCAUUUAUGUCUUGAACUAUUUUUCCGUUAGUAAUGAUCGUUAAAAGUUAACAGAAAAUCUAGUCAGCAUUGACAUGACAUCUGACAUGUAACUUUUUAUUUCAAUAUUUUUUUUAUAGAAAAUGAAUAAUAAGGAAAACAAAACCCCUAUCUCCGAGUGGCGGCCUCUUGACGCCACCUCCGAAUAUUUAAUCCUCCCUGUGCACUUCUACUAACGGAUAAAUAGUUCAUGACAUAAAUGGAAUAUUGAAAAGAAUAGGACACAAGUGGCAUUUUGGUCACAGUUCGGGUGUUGUAGUGGUAUUAGCCCUUGAUAUUUUUUAAUGUGAGUUUUGCUCCGCAAUGUUCUGUGUCAAAUGUCUUUUCUUUUCUUAUCUUGAAAUUUGAGUUUCAAAUCUAAAACUUCUAAUUUGAAAUUUAGUGGUAACAUUAUUAUCCUUGAACCUGGAGGUCUCAGAUUAGAAUUUCUUCAGUAGUACCCAAUUACAAAAAUUAACCUAUAGGCUAUAU